AUGGCUGAAGCUAGUAAGCCCAUGCUGAAGAAAACUUCAAAAUCUGUUCCUUUGGAGAGGAAUAAGAGAGAAAAGGAACAAUUCCGUAAACUCUUUAUUGGUGGCUUGAGCUCUGAAACCACAGAAGAAAGUCUGUGGAACUACUACCAGCAAUGGGGAUAUCUUACAGACUGCGUGUUAAUACGGGACCCUGUAACCCAAAAGUCAAGAAGAUACGGUUUUGUCACUUUUUCAUCCACGGCUGAGGUUGAUGCUGUCAUGGCUGCUAGACCUCAUUCCAUUGAUGGGAAAACGGUUACGCCCAAACGUGCUGUCCCAAGAGAGGACUAUGGAAAGCCGGGGGCUCUUGUCACUGUGAAGAAGCUGUUUGUUGGUGGAAUUGCAGAGGAUACUGAGGAACAUCAUCUUAGAGAUUACUUUGAGAAAUAUGGAAAAAUCCAUGCCAUCGAAAUAAUUACUGAUGGGCAGUCAGGCAAGAAAAGAGGCUUUGGGUUUGUUGCUUUUGAUGACCAUGAUCCCGUGGAUAAGAUUGUGUUGCAGAAAAAUCAUACCAUCAAUGGCCAUCAUGCAGAAGUAAGAAAGGCCUUGUCUAGACAAGAAAUGCAAGAGGACCUCGAGGUGGCAAUUUGGGGGUUAGCCCUGGUCCUGGAGGAGGACGAGGAGGAUAUGGUGGUGGAUAUGGCAACCAGGAUGGGAGCUCCAGAGCUGGUUAUGACAAAUAUGGAAGAAGAAAUUAUGGAAGUCAAAAUUACAGUGAUUUGGAGAAUUAUAAGCAGAAACCUUCUAAGUACGAAUUACUGA